UGCAUACGCCAUGCCGCCGCUCCAUCCCCCCUCCAUCAAUCUCUCCUUCUACAUCCAUUACCACUGCCGCUUUCCGCUACACCUCUACGCUGCGACAUCGAUCCUGUGCUUUCAAUUGCUCUAUUCCGCGUGCUUCGACAAAAAUUGUCUCUUCGCUCUCCAAUUUGUCCUCUCGCCUAUUGCCCCAGGCAAUAACGUGCGAUCAAAAAAAGGAAGGCAUCCCUCCGUGCCUGCACUGCACAACAAAGACGUCUAGUCUUCUCUACAAUCCUUCCUUCUUCCAGCCUCUCUACGAACUCUCUCGAAACCAGCAUUAGUGCGGGCAUCUCCUUCCCCAGCACAGAGCUCUAGCGACAACAUACCCAUUUCAUUCGUUUCCUUCUCAUCAGUCACACAAAUGCCGGCGCCAAAGAACCGAAAGGUGGCCAUUGUUGGCAGUCGUUCUGUUGGCAAAUCAUCAUUGGCAGUCCAGUUCGUAGACGGCCACUUCGUUGACAGUUAUUACCCUACUAUCGAGAAUACCUUCAGCAAAACGAUUCGCCACAAGGGACAGGAAUUUGCGACAGAAAUUGUCGAUACUGCAGGACAGGAUGAAUACAGUAUUUUGAACUCGAAACACUUCAUCGGCAUCCACGGCUACAUGCUAGUCUACUCGGUGUCGUCCUUACCGUCCUUUGAGAUGGUGCAAGUAAUCCGCGAGAAGAUUCUGAAUCAUUUGGGUACCGAAUCAGUCCCUAUAGUCAUCGUCGGUAACAAGAGCGAUCUCCGUCCCGAGCAACGACAAGUCAGCCCAGAGGAAGGCAAGAGGGUAGCAGAGAAGAUUCAAUGCGGAUGGACCGAGGCUAGCGCACGAUACAACGAGAAUGUCGGAAAGGCCUUUGAUAUCUUGAUUGCUGAGAUUGAAAAGGCCCAAAAUCCAGGCGAGGCGGCAGAGGGGGGCAAAUGCAUUCUUAUGUAGGAAAUUAGAGAGAUCACUACAUAAAUUACACUUAUUUUCAAACCCA